CCACAAGUCAAAAUUAAAUCAUUUUAGGAUGUUCUAGAAAAGAACUGACCAAAAAGAGCAACAAAAAAAGAAAAAAAGAAAUCGUUCAAAAAAACAUGCCCAAAUUCCGGCCGAUCAACCCGCCAGAACGCAUGCACCACCCACACAGCUGACUCUAUUUAAGAGGCUGCGGUUAUCAAACCAAACACCAUUCUCUCAUUUCAUUCAGUUCCAUUUUCUUUUCCUCUCUAUUUCGCUUUGUUUUUUGGGUAUUGAAAUGGCUCAAGAAGAAGAUGUGAUAUUGUUGAGCACCUGGCCUAGCAUGUUUGGGAUGAGGGUAAGAAUUGCUCUGGACGAGAAGGAGGUUAAGUAUGAGUACAGAGAAGAGGAUCUCAGGAACAAGAGCGAGCUGCUUCUCAAGAUGAACCCGGUUCACAAGAAGAUCCCGGUUCUCAUCCACAACGGCAAGCCGGUCUGUGAGUCAACCAUCGUAGUGGAGUAUAUUGACGAGGUUUGGAAGGACAAAGCCCCUUUGCUCCCAACCGAUCCUUACCAGAAAUCCCAGGCUAAAUUCUGGGCCGACUAUGUUGACAAGAAGGUUUAUGAAACUUGUAGGAAAGUAUGGACUUUUAAGGGAGAAGAACAGGAAGCUGGCAAGGAGUUUAUAGAAGCGCUAAAGGUGGUGGAAGGAGAGUUGGGAGAGAAGCCAUAUUUUGGGGGCGAGAAGUUUGGGUUUGUAGAUAUUUCUCUCAUUGGAUUCUACAGCUGGUUUCAUGCGAUGGAGAGCUUUGGCAACUUCAGCAUUGAAGCUGAGUGCCCUAAGCUGAUUGGAUGGGCUAAGAGAUGCAUGGAGAGGGAGAGUGUCUCCAAGACUCUUCCUGACCCUCACAAGGUGUAUGAGUUUGCCAAGAUGCUGAGAGAGAAGAUGGGCAGUGCUUAAACACUACUUAUGAACUAAUAUUUCAUCGAUAAAUAAAUAUGCUCAAUUUCCUUGGGCUCAAAUCCAAUCAUAGCUAGUUUUGAUGUGUUGUCAAUGCACUGGUUCAUGUUUAUGUGUCUGUUUGCUGGAGUUGAAGUUGUUCGAGUCUUAUGUGUAGCAAAGACACUUGAUUGUGUCUGCUAGAUACUUGUUGGAAUGUAUGGAAAUCAUUUUGGUUCUAUCUCGUGUUGGCUACUCAAAUUUGUCUUCAAAUUGUAUGUGGUACGACUGAAAGUUGAAUGGAAAAGUUCUUCCAUUUUGGCACCUCAAAAUAUAAAGUAUCUCCAAGUUAUCAUCU